AUGUCUGCGGCCGUACAGGCAGCUGGCUCCGAGCCCGUCGCCUUUUUGUCGCUUCCGCCUGAGAUCCUCCAGCAGAUAUUUCUCUCCUCAACCACGCCGAGCUUCUUCCAACUCAUCCAGGUCAAUAGUAAACUGUUUACCCUUGCAUCUCAAAGCAGGCAGGUCCUUCUGUACCACUUAGGCCAAGUUCCUGGGCCCAAGCUUGGACUUGACUCGCUCUUAAUUCCCCCAUACGACCUGUUCCUGAUCUUUCGCCAGCGCGCCGCAGCGCACCUUUUCGGCGCGAACUUGAGGGCAGAUUGCCGCAAUCUUAGAUUUGCCAACCGUGGAGGUUUGCAGUCUCGAGCGUCCUGUAUUGCACAGGGGUCGGAUGGAUGGAGCGAAUUUUCACUGGUUCUCAAGAACAGUCUUAGCGUCCGCUUGUAUAGCCAUAUGGGACAAGCUUGCGACCGGAUCGAAUCACCAUAUGCCGAUGGUCAAGCAAAGAUUGUCCAGGUCACGUAUCAGGGGUCCAACAUUUCAGUCUUGUACGCAUGGACACCGCCUGAGCAAGAUCCAGCCGACGCUCUGACAACUCAGAAGCCCACUUUGAAAAGAACCCCCAGCCAAAUUCUAGGAGGCGAAUGUGUCGAUCACGACCAAGUCGAUGAUUCUGUGCCCGGUUAUGUUCGCUAUCAUCUCCUCCACUACAACGUGCACACCAACGACCCGCCUGUCUUCUUUACCAUCCCAACGCACAGAUCUCUCCGUGACAGGAUCCUAGUCCCCGUUCACUUGGCUGUCUACAACCGUUUCCUAUGUGCGAUACUAUGGGACCUUCCCGAUAGCAUUGCCCCUAGCGCUCAUGCUAGUGUCCUUCUGUAUAACACAGAGUGCCUCCCACGAAAUCAGCCUGGGACAUAUCACGCAACUGUCGUAUACCCUUUCGACCACGAUGCUAUGUGGAAGGAGGAUGCUGGCGAUCUCGUGAACGACAGCACCGGAGAAAGACUAUACACUCGUACGCGGCCGCACGAUGCCCGGCGUGACCGUGACUUACGAUCGGUACAUCUUGGGUUACGACCACGCUCCAUCGCCUUUUUCAGAGAAGGCGGCUGCCUAUUUCUCUACGCUCCGGGCUCCGUUACUCCAUACACGGCGUUGCUGGCGAACGACUCGAUCCGCCGCGAACUACGGCGUCGGCAUGAUAUUGUAUACUGGCCGCAUCGAUCUUGGACCACUUCGCCCCUCCAGUAUGCCCUCUCAGUCCGUCUCCGCCAGGUCAAUGCGACAACCAUCCAAGGACUGCGCUUCACACUCGGCUUGCCCUUCUUUUCACGGCACGAAACCUUUUCUAGCCCAGCCUCGCAAGAAGCCAAUAAUGAUCAUACGCAACCCGAACCCGAAUGUCUCACAAACAUGCUGUGCCUGGGCACCACUACGCUCCCGGCGCCGAAAACUCUAGAGUACGAUACUGCCAGCAGAGAUGUUGAUGGACCUACUAUCCUGACCAUCGUCCAAAUCAGGAGCCGCAGACCGUACUGGCUCUGCCGCCACACUGAAGUACGUGACCAUCUGCCCGACUUGCCUGCUCCUCCAACGCGGAGAGCGAGGGAUUCUAAGACACUAGAUCCCGACGCACUCGACGAUCUGGCCGACGCCGUGUUUACGCGCGCCCAAGAGGAAGAGGAUGAGCAGGACGUCAUAGGCAGCGGUGUAGAUAGAAACACAGAUGGCCUGGAGGUUCGUGUUGUCGCGCGACUGUGGGGGUGGCGCCCGCAAUCCACCACCUUGACGGGUGUGGAUACCGUGAGCGUCUCACCGAGGGGAGACCGCAUCGCCGUCGCGCAGUGGGACCGGGUUCUGGUCUACGCCCUCGACCCUGGCCCGUUGUGCGACGACCUCGACGACGAUGACCAGUCGUCUGCGUCGGAUACUGGAGGCAAUCUGGAUCCCGCCGAAAAUGUCCAAGCCGCGACUACACAGGUUGGGGCUGGAGCCGGUGACGUUGUUCUUGCCGCGGAUCCUGACGACGCAGACACCCAGACGACACCGACACCACCCUCGUCGCUGCAACAGGCGACGCAAAGUUCCCCGCAAAGCCCAACUGCAAAGACGUCUGCCCACGCCUCCGCGACGUUCCCGGUCGCGGCUGGGUUUGCGAGUUUCUACCCGCAUGUAGAUGACCCCUUUUUCGGCCGUCUUGUCGAAUUACGGCCUGUCGUGCUGAAGAUGGAUGAAGGUGCUAUCGUCCACCGCAUUGCAUGGGCAGAGGCCGCAAGCUACGACGAACAGCAGGAAUCUGGAGCAGACCUGGAUCGGUGCGAAGAGGGUCCACAGAGCACUACGGAAGACGGCAGGGGAGCGGAGACAGACAACCAGGACAUGGCCAUUCCUACUGAGGCCAGUAUUGGUCGAGCAAAGACUAUCAAGACACCGAAUGAAGACGACGCCAGGCAGGUCGAUAUCUGCCAGACAUCUAGCGAUCUUCAGCCACAGAAUUCGUGGAAUGAUUCUCCCAAAGUGGACGUCAGAGACCCCGACGACCCAGUGCACAGUGAAGUCCCCAGAAAUUGCACGCCACUACCAUCCCCACACGUCCAUACGGGAAGAAUGCUAACACAGGCCCCCUCUUCAAACAUGGCGUUGAAUAGUCAGGCCAGUGUUGCCACAUCCAAGCCGCUCGAACCUGACAUUCUACCAAGAAAAACCGGCGUAGAUAAUUCCCUGUCAACGAGCGCCGCAGACAUAGUAAAUCUAUGCCUUGAAGGCAAGGGGCAAGACUCAACUGAGCCUAGCGACGAGAAUGUGGGACGGAUGUCUCUGAGCGAGCCGAGUCAAGAAGGGAAGCCAGUCGCAUCCUGCGCAACGCCCAACGAAAAGACUGGGUCGAUAGAGUCGCAAGACAAGCCAGCAUUCAAGAUGAAACGGAAGCGGCCUGCUUGGAACGAGUUGAUGGUGCUAACAGAUCAGGGAGUCCAGAGCUGGAAUCUCGGCAUGUGGGGAAGAGGGAAGCGCAUCCGUCGUGAGCUUGACGAAAUUGACGUAUUGCAAUAG